AUGGACUUGAGCCCAUUUGGUAAUAAUUCCUUAAAACUUGUGAAAAUCAUGACUCUUUAUGACUAACCCAACUAUAAAUUCAUCUGUACAUGUUGUAGUAUCACUUUGUAUGUCUCUUCAAACAAGGUAUUAUUUGGGUGGGAGGAGAAGUUGACAAGAGAAAGCUGAUCAGGAAGCAAUGGAGGGUGAGAGGCCUCACUUUGUGCUGGUGCAUGGUCUGAGUGGAGGGUCUUGGUGUUGGUACAAGAUCAGGUGUCUCAUGGAGAAUUCUGGCUAUAAGGUCUCGUGUAUUGAUCUCAAAGGUGCAGGAAUUGAUCUUUCAACCCCUGAUUCUAUUCAUUCUUUUGAUGAUUACAACAAGCCUCUCCUAGACUUCUUGACUUCCUUGCCAGAUACUGAAAAGGUGAUAUUGAUAGGUCACAGUGCCGGAGGGAUAAGUGUAACACAGGCAACUUACAGGUUCGCAAAGAAAAUCCAGCUUGCAGUAUAUCUGGCAGCCACCAUGCUAAAGCUAGGAUACUGCACUGAACAAGAUGCCAAAGAUCAGGGAGUACCCAACUUAUCUGAAUUCGGGGAUGUGUACAAAUUUGGAUUUGGAUUAGGUACUGAUAAACCUCCAACCAGUGCUGUUAUCAAGAAAGAGUUCCAGCGCAAGAUAGUCUAUCACAUGAGCCCUCAAGAAGAUUCUACUUUAGCUGCAAUGUUAUUGAGGCCAGGACCAAUCCUAGCUCUCACCACUGCAAGAUUUACAGAGGAAGAAGAUGAUAUAGAAAGGGUACCGCGUAUAUACAUUAAAACAAAGAAUGAUAGAGUAGUGAGACCAGAGCAGCAAGAGGCUAUGAUAAAAAGAUGGCCACCAUCUAAAGUUUACGAUCUGGAUAGUGACCACAGCCCCUUUUUCUCCACUCCAUUUUUGCUCUUUGGCCUGUUGGUUAAAGCUGCAGCUUUUGUUGGGUGUAACUAGGCCACACGAAUCUCUAUUUCUUUUUCUUUCUCUUAUUUUCGAUUGGUGCUCGAAUAAAUACUACAAAACUCUUUGUAGCAUCUUCAUUUUAUUCUUCAUAACAUAUUCCACUUGUCAC